AGCUCGUACAGGCGUAGGAGACGCAAUCGAGAUAAUGCCGAAGACAAUGAUGAGGAUCAACCUACUUCAACUACAAAUCCCACUACUACAGACCUUUCAACAAACCGAUUCCGUCGGCAACGAAGUCGAGAAGUUGACAAUUCAACUGAAGUAAACAACAAUUCUGAGGAAUCUAGCUCAGCCCCCAGUGUGCAAUCGGCAUUCCGUCCGCGAUCAAACUGGCGUCGCAGAUACAGUGAUAUGUAUGAAAACGAGGCCCUCGCGACAAACAAUAAAAAAGAGGGUGCAGAAUCAGAGGUCAAUGUCACAUCCUUGGCUACAACUCCAGCACAAUCAGAAGACAAUGUCACAUCUUUGAAGGUAGAAACCAAGCAAGUUCCAAGAGAGGAAGUGAAGGAAAUAUCAGAAUCAAAAGUUGAAGAACCAGUCUCAAAGCAAUCGGAAACAAACGGCAAUAUUACGUCAAUGCGGCCAAAGUUAGGAUUAAGAUCUAGUCGCUUCAGCAUGCCAAUGGACGAAACAGACUCUGCUGUUCAGAACGAUGAAAUUCCCACAAGACGUGUUUCUAGUGUUUCAAUUACUCUCCGUAAAAGGUCAGACGCGGACAAUUUCGACAAAUCAGAAGUUGUUGUGAGUGAAAAAUCAGCAGAAGUUCAGGCGGAGUUACGGGCUGAGGAUACAUCUAGCUCAUAUCGCAGGAGGAGAAGGAAUCGCGGAGGAGAUGAUGAUGAUGAUGCUGAGGCUCAAGCAGCUGCGGAGGCUGCAGCUGCAGAACGUAGGGCAGCAGCUGAACGUGAGGAGGAGGAUCGCAUGGCCCGGGAACAGGAGGAAGCUGCCGAGCGUCGUAGACGCCAACGUGAAAUGGACGAGGAAGAAGAACGCGAGAGGGAAGCGGCAGCGGAGGCCGAACGCGAAAGGGAGCGACAGCGUGAAGAGGAACAAAAACAACAGAGAGAAGAAGAGGAGCGCCGUCGCCGGGAAGAGGAAGAGGCGGAGGAAGAGGCCGAGCGCCAACGCGAGGAAGAACGCAGGCGCGAGGAAGAGGAACGCCGCAGAAAGCGUGAAGAAGAGGAGAGGAAAGCUGCUGAGCCAGCUCCCAAGCCCGUUGCCAGGGCUCCCCCAAAGAAGAAGGGUGGAAAGAAGAAGGGUCUCACUCUCACUCCAGAAAAGAAGAGACUUUUAAAGCAAAUCAUCAUGGAGAAGGCCGCAGAGGAAAUGCGUGCGGAGGCUAAAAAACGUGCAGAAGAAAAGGAACGUCACAUUAACUCUGUGUUACCGCCCCUCAAUGUUGGCAGUUUGGACAAAGCUGGCCUUCAAAACGAAAUUAAAAAGUUUCACAAGAAAAUGUGCGAUCUUGAAGAUGAGAAAUACGAAUUUGAAUUGAAAAUAAGAAAACAAGAUUUCGAGAUCAAUGAAUUAACAGUAAAAGUGAACGAUAUCAAGGGAAAAUUCGUCAAACCAGUAUUGAAGAAAGUAUCAAAGACAGAAAGCAAAUUGGCCAAGAUCGGACUAAAGAAGGAGGGUGAAGGAGCGUCGUCGUUCCGGGCUGGACUCAAAUCAACAGGAAAGAGCAAAUAUGAAUUAGAUGACCCCAAAGAUGCAGCACCGAAGACUCCCGACUGGCGUGAUGAGAAGAAGGAUGCACCGCCAGCAGAAGAAGAAGUCGAGGCCGACGCAGAAUAAACGACAUGUGAUGCUGUCUAACAUAGUCUCAACUCAUGUGAUGAAAACUCUAAAAACUAUCAUAGAAUAAAAUCCACUACCGGUUCACACGUUAAAGCUAAAGACUGGUUCACACUGUGUUACUAAUUACCAAUUCACAGAGUAAACCUAUGGUGUGGAUCUACUAUCUAAUGCAUUAGAGGACAAGGUCUCUGUCAGUAAAAUAACAAUAGACUCUAUUGCCUUUAGUCUUCCGUUCCUGGCAGCCCUGAUUUAGCCUCUUUUCAUCUAAAGAGGCAAACGGCGAAGUUUUCGUUCUCCAUCACUUCUAUGAAGUUUCUCUGUUUCGAUCACUGCAUUAGCAACUCCCAAACUUGUUAGUGAUGUCAUGUAGUUGGAACCCCUCAGAGAGUCCUAUCCUCCUCCUUAGGGCUCAAUGACAGGGUUCCCUACAGGUUAAACACAUCAUCUUUGAUAAAAACUUUGCUCACUCCAGGAAUCUGCACUAAAAUGAUAGGAAGUUUUAGAAUUUUCAUGACAUGGUCAUUUUUUUUAAAUUUCUUAUUCAAAACAGUUUGUACAUUUGAAUCUCAAGGUUGAAAAAACACAACAAAAUCUGCCCCGAACCGUGAUACUGAUGACUAAAUUCAGGGCAUAAAUCACUUGUCAAUUCUGGCAACAUCAUUUAGUGUCUUGGAAAGUAGUGAAAUUUUAGCCUAAAUGUGCCGGUAUACCUGUCAAAUUCAUUAUUGUAUAGAAUGGUGUUAAAUUGUAUCUGCGAUACUGGUUGCAGUGUUCAUGCCUUGUCUCUGUAUAAACCUGUAAUUAUUAACUUGAGUCUGUGGACUGACGCUUUCAUUAGGAAACCAGUUGCCUUAUUUAUAUGUGAGACACCAGCUUGUUUAUAAUUUUGUCUCAAAAUAUUAGUUCGUUAUUAUUAUUAUUUUACUUGGCAGCGUCCAUCAAGGAUGCGAUGUCAUGGUACCCACAAUGCUUCAGCAUAUCAUUUUGUCUAUCGUAUUUAUGAAUGUAACCAUGGUAACUUGUGUUAAGAAUCUGUCAUUCUUGCAGAUGACGAUCUCUGGCUUUUCAUAACAUGUGGAUUGCCACCAAUAGCUAGUCAAUGUCGAUGUAUGUUAUUUCUAGGCCUAUUUAUGGAAUUACAUUAGUGUAUUCGCAGUGGAAAGCAUACAAUGCUAUAUAAUGAAUACUACGUUCAACAGGAGUGAACCAAGAACAAGCUAUUGGAAGUGACAGGUUUUCUUUUGUCAACACACACACCUCACAAAAAAGUCAAGAGUAGAAUGGUACCUUUUUGCAAUGAAUAUCUCUAUAUCCAUGCAAGAUAUAGCUUUGUAUGCUUGUGCACUGUGGUAAUUAGUCAGCUUGGCAGGGAAACUUCAGCAAGUCUAGUGGUCAUCCAAGAAGCUCUAGACUUGUUCAAAGUUGUCCUCUGCAAGUCCUUAAGUAUUGUAGAAACUGAUGUUAUAGUACAGCGCAUACUGACAACUGAAUGGAAGGUAACAAGUGGAGUGACAGAAAAAUCCUUUGACUGAGUUGUGAGUUUACUCUUGUUGACCAGUGGGCAGGGCGAUUUUCUGUUUCGCCAACUGUCACCCUUGAUUUGGUUGACUGUGAGUGCUGCAGUUAAGGGAAUCAGCUAACCCAACUAUGUGUAUCACUCGAUGAAUGCCCUGAAUUUAUGACUAAUCAAACUCUAGAUUUAGUUUUUGUAUAAUCAUGAUAAUAGAACAACCGUGCGUAAAAGUGGAACCAUGUUUUUGUGUAUAAUUGAAGAAUUGAUAAUGGAAACAUCAUGAAGUCAAUUGCAUUUGGGCUGACAUCUGCGGAAACUUCUCCAAGUAUAUGAGACACUGUGUAUCUUUCUAAUUCCCCACAGUUUGCAUUUAUGUGAAUAAAAGUAAUGCAGACAAUUGGGCAAAA